AUAAGGAAACGUCACUUUACGGCUUACAUUACACUAUUUAUUAAUUUUAUCUAUUUAUUUCUUUUUAUUUUCUAUUUUACUAUAGGUAAUUAUGCUUUUUAAAAAGUAUAAUUUAUAAAAUAUUAUAAUUAUAACAUAAAUAAUAAGUUUCAUGCGAAGUAAGUUCUAUUAGAAUGGAAGCAAAUAGUGUUGUUUUAUGUGACAAUCUCAUUAAGUGGUUGCAGACUUUGAAUCUUACGGCUAAACAUGGAGCUCCUUCAGAGCUAUCAGACGGUGUAGCAAUAGCAGAGGCUCUUACUCAAAUUGCACCCGAAUAUUUCACAACAACUUGGAAUUCAAAAAUAAAAACGGACGUUGGUCAUAACUGGCGACUGAAGGUCAGCAAUUUGAAAAAAAUUUUGGAAGGUGUUGUAGAUUACCAUCAAGACAUUUUAAAUUUAAGUUUGCAAGAGUUUUCUAGACCGGAUGUUGUUAAUAUUGCUGAACAUGCGGACCCAUCAGAUUUGGGCAGAUUACUGCAAUUGGUACUCAGUUGUGCAGUCAACUGUAUUAAAAAAGAGGAAUAUAUCACGAGAAUUAUGGAUUUGGAGUUAUCGUGUCAGCGUUCGAUAAUGCAAGCGAUACAGGAAUUGGAGAACAUAACACUAGGCACAAAUCGUGGUAGCAUACCAUCGGAGACCACUGCAGCUGAUCACACAGAUGUUGAUAUGAAAGAGGUGCUAGCGCAGCGAUGUCACGAGCUCGACACACAGGUGAAAAUCCUCCAAGAGGAGAAGAUGACGCUCCUGAGCGAGGUGAGCCGGCUGGCGGCGGCGCGCGAGGCGGAGGGCGGCGAGGCGCGCGAGCUGGACGAGCGCGGCGCGUCGCUGGGGCCGGCGCUGGCGGGCACGCUGCGCUACAGCACCAUGCGCGCGCAGCUGGACGCGCUCAAGGACGAGCUGGACAAGCUGGAGCUGCAGCGCGACGACCAGCGCGCGCGCGCCGACGCGCUCGAGCGGGACCUCGCGCUCGCCAAGCUCCGCCACGAGGAGCUGCAGAUGGCAGCUUCUGAAAACGUAGCUCUCAAGGACGAAGUAGACGCGCUGCGGGAGACAGCAGCCAAAGCGGCGGCUUUGGAGGCUACGGUCGCGUCCUAUAAGAAGAGGAUGGAGGAGCAUGUCGAUUUGAGGAGACAGGUGAAGCUGCUGGAGCGCUCGAACACGGAGUACGUGCAGCGCGCCAUCGAGCACGAGCAGGCGGCGGCGCGGGCGCAGGCGCUGCGCGCGCAGCUCGACAUCUACAAGAAGCAGGUUACAGAUUUGAACGAGAAGCUGGACGCAGAGAUCACGAAGGCGGAUAAAUUGGAGAUCGAGAACAAGAAAUUGAGCAGCCGCGCGGCGUCGCUGCAGCGCGAGCGCGACGCGGCGCUGGCCGAGCGCGACACGCUGCGGGAGACCGUGGACGAGCUGCGCUGCUCCACCAUCACCGCCGGUGCCAGUGAAGAUAACGUGUCACGAGAGUUGAUACCGAAUGAUUUGAAGGAGCGUCUUAUUCGACUGGAGCAUGAGAACAAAUUGCUACGACAGAAUCAAGGGGCACAAGCCGAUCAGGUGUCUGUACAGACGAUGCUGGAGGAGUACGCGGCGCGGCUGGAGAAGCAGCGCGCGCUCAACCGCGAGGCCAACGCGCGCAUCAUGCAGCUGGAGGCGUCGCUGGAGGCGCCGCACCCGCCGCACCCGCGCCUGGCCUCCGCGCUCGAGGACAGCCAGCGCAAGUCGUUACAAGUAGAAGAAUUGCAAGCGGCACUGGCGGAGGAGAGGCGGCGCGCGAGCAAGUUACAGGAGGCGCUGUCGGCGCGCGAGGCCGAGCUGCUGGCCACCGAGGACAAGUACAAGAAGUGCGUUGAAAAGGCGAAGGAAGUUAUCAAGACUCUCGACCCUAGGACAACUGGCCAACAGUCACUAUCCGACGUCACACUAGGUUACUCACGCGGCACAGGGAAUGCAAGUGCGAACGCAUCACGAGAAGCUGCGACGACUAAUAACAACCGACACGAGUGGAACGGCAGCAGUGCGGACGAGCAGCGUCUUCUGGCGUCUGCGUGGUACCAGCUGGGCGCGCGCUGUCAUCGUGACGCGGUCGAGUCGCGGUUCGCGGUGUUGUCAGCUGGGCACUCGUUCCUGGCGCGGCAACGUCGCCAGCUGCCGCGCCCGCGCGCCUCGUCCGCCACGCCCGCGCACCCCGCGCAGUGA